ACCUACCGACGACGGCGGGCGGCCGAUCCAGGAGUUCAGCAGAUCAUUGGGUCGACAGAUUUCGCGUGACAUUGGUCGGGUACGGUAACCGCUCCCAGGUGGAGAUGGAUCGUGGUCUCGUGAGAAGUUCGUGAAAAUCAGUUGGAUUUGUGAAGUUAUUUGUUACAAAGUUGCACUCCAGCUCUUGCCUUAGCUCUUUGGUCCGUGGACCGUGAGGAAGGAAAGUAAGCAACAUUACGAUCUCUUCUCACGAAAAAGGAGACGACAACGACGACGACGACGACCGCCAGCCACGAUGGAAGCGGAUGAUGCUGUUUUCGAUGGAAUCCUGGAAAAGGUAGGAAACGAUGGCCGGUUUCAGCGCCGUUUCAACCUCAUUUUCAACAUGGGAGCGAUUAUUUUCGCAUCGAUGUCCUACAUGAGCAUCAUUCUUGCGCUGAACAAGCCUCCGCACAAUUGCCACGUGCCGGGGAUGGAGCGGUUCAACAUCAGCGAUGCGGAGAUGUGGAAGAAUUUGACCUUGCCGAGGGAGGAAGAUAACAAGGGUGUACUCAGCUACAGUAAAUGUCAGAUGUACAACGUGACUGAGGCUCACCUUCAGAUGCACUACAGCGAGUGGAGGUUUCAAGAGUCCGACAUUAUUAAUUGUGCAUACGGAUAUGAUUAUGAUCGGACUUACUACGACCGCACGCCCAUUACCGAGCACGACUGGAUUUGCGACAAGGGCUUCCGGGAGACCAACAUCUUCGUAUACAACCGCUUCGGAGAACUGGUUGGCACGUUUAUCUUCGGCCAGCUGGGUGACACUCUGGGCCGUCGACCGGUGUUCUACUUCAGUGUGCUCAUCAUCACCGCUGGACGUCUUAUUUCAAUGUUCACGGCAUCGAUCUACGUCGUAUUCUGUAUGGCCGCCGUGCUGGGCUCUCUGACGUCGAAUUCGAUUUUCCAGGCUCCACUUAUCAUCGCUAUGGAAGUAUCGAAAAGCGAACGACGUGGUUACAUUAGCAUGAUGCAAUGUAUCGGAUGGACGACGGGCUUGUGCAUCCUGCCGAUGGUGUUCUGGGCCACGCGGGAUUGGUUCUGGGCGCUGAUGUUUACCAUCAUCCCGAUUUUCCUGUUUAUCUUCAUUCCGCAAUAUUUGAUUGAGUCCCCCCGGUGGCUCGCAACCCGAGGACACUACAAGCGAUCGAUGGCAGAGCUGCGGAAGAUUGCCAACGUCAACGGGAUCCGGCAGCUGCCGUUCGACGAGCGCUCGUUGGAGAAACUGCUUUCGCACCGCAAAGUGGAAACCGUUUACGGUAUGGCGUCCCUCUUUACUGGCUGGCGGAUGGCGAGAAAUACCAUCUUCUGUGUGGUGUGCUGGAUUGUUGCCAGCAUAACUUACUUUACGCUGGUCCUGCUGAGUUCCCGAUUAGAUGGCAACCCUUUCCUCAAUUUCCUUUUUCAGAGUGCCAUCGAACUACCAGCAUACAAAAUCGGCCAAAUCCUUUCGGACAACCUUGGCAGACGGGCUUCCAAUUCGCUUGCGUUUCUCACCGCAACGGUCAUUUGCAUUCCAAUUGUGAUGAUCAUUCGGGUGGCCGAGUACGAAUACAUUGCCAUAGCGCUGUCCAUCGCCAUCAAAUUCUGCGUCAGCAUAAACUUCUUCGCCGUCAAUCUGCAAUCAAUUGAAAUCUACCCGACCUGUUUGCGACAGACGGGUCUAGCAUUUGCGGCCAUCAUGGCUAAUCUGUUCGGAAUUUUCGGACCCUACGUGGUCUAUCUGGGGACGGAGUACGACGUACGAUAUCCAUUCGUAGUCAUUGGCCUGUUGUCGGCUUUGGGAGCCACGUGUGCAUCGUUCCUACCAGAAACGCUUCAUCAAUCACUGCCGGAAACCAUUGAGCAAGCCCAAAAGUUUGGGAAGAAGCAGAAGUUCUGGUCACUGCCCAAGAAGCCUAAGACCGAAGGUGUUGAGAUAGGUCAAGAGAUGGAAGAGGGUGUUCGAUUAAAAGACACGGAUGACGAUGUUCGAUAGACUAAGUUAGAAUCAAUAAAGAACUGUACAUUAUUUUUACUUCUAUUGAACGAUGA